AUGAAGUUCUCCACCUUCUUCACCACCGCCAUCCUCCUGCUCUCCGCAGCAGCAGAUGCCUUCCCGCAACCCCGCAAUCCCGCCGCCACGGCCCCCCGCCGGACCACAAAGGCAACCAGCCGAACCUCCAAGACCCGCGCCAAACCCGCCGGCGUCAGCAAAACAAAGGCCACCACAGCCGGCAAGAGAAAGACCACCGCCGGAACCGCCGGCAAGCGUGCCUGCGGCCCCCACCCGAAAGAGAAGCUCACAAACUGCUCGCUGUGCCCGGGCCUCAAGAAGCGUGGUAAGGACCAGCGCAGCAAGAAUAAGAAUGUCCUGGUGUUGAGUGCUCCGGCGAAGGAUAACGUUGACGACCUGGUUGAUGAUGUCGACUGUUGGCAGUGCACCAAUGCUAGUAAGUUCUUUCCCCCUCCCUCCCUCCCUCCCUCCCGCCCCCGCCUCUCCUCCGGCCAUAACUUGCUAACCUCCUCCCCCCCCCCCCCCCCCUCUCCCAAUUCAUGUGGCCAAUUGGUUAAAUUCACCGGCCCGCAAGUAAAGCGCGCCGCCGUCGACGCACUCAAGCGCAACCUGUCCGGCAGCUUGAUCACCUACGACCGCGGUGACUUGGGGGCUAAGGAAUGGCCGCACUAUUACGGGAACGCCGAGGGCGCGCUUCCUGCUGCUGGCGGCGAUCUGAGCAAGUACAUCACGUUUCCGCUGCUCGCAGCCGGCUCGUACACGGGCGGAAACCCAGGCGCGUUUCGUGUGACUAUUGGGCUGUCGGCCAAUGAAAUCCCACAAACAGUCAAUGUGAUGAAGCAUCCCAACGGAGACUCGACCACCUAUGUCAAGGUGGAAAAGGGCAAGAAAUAG